UCCCUUCGCGUCAAUAAGGUGGAGUUUGCAGCAAAUUCGAGUAAUGUAAUAUUGGACCAGUUGGUGUGUGGGCAGUUAUUAUAGUUUUUCAAUGAAAACCUGGUAUCUUUCACCGUUUUUUACUUGAUCUGUACAUAUUCUGCUGGGGGAGAGGUGAGCGGAUCUGUAUGGUUCUGACAAUUAAUAAUAUGCUCACACGGGUAAAAUCUGCUGUUGCCAAUUUUAUGGGAGGCAUCAUGGCUGGCAGUUCCAGUUCGGAUCAUGUCAAUGGCUCGGAUUUACCUCUGAAAUUUCCUUAUAUGAGACCGGAAUUCCUUGGACUCUCUCAAGAUGAGAUUGAGUGUUCUGCUGAUCACAUCGCUCGACCCAUUCUGAUUCUUAAAGAGACAAAGCGUUUACCUUGGUGUACCGGAUAUGCAGAGGUCAUCAAUGCUGGAAAGAGCACCCACAAUGAAGACCAAGCCUGUUGUGAUGUCCUCACUGUGAAGAAGAAAGCAGGAGCCCCUUCUACACCCAGCAAAAACCCAGUUAAAAGGAGAUCUUCCUUGCCUAAUGGAGAAGGACUACAACUGAAGGAAAACUCGGAUGGUGAUGGUCUUACGUUUCAUUAUUGGGCACUGUUUGAUGGACACGCAGGUUCUGGGGCUGCUGUUGUUGCUUCCAGACUUCUCCAUCAUCAUGUAGUGGAACAGCUACAAGAAUUAGUGGACAUUUUGAAGAAUUCUACAGUACUUCCUCCUACCUGCUAUGGCGAUGACCCAGAAACAUCAGUCAACAGCAGGACUUUAACCAGGGCGGUGUCACUGAGAGGUGCAGCGGGAGCUCCAGGGUCACCAAGUGCCCCUCAGACACGUUUUUUUAUAGAGAAGAAAAUUAUGCAUGAGUGUCUUGUUAUCGGAGCUAUAGAAAAGGCAUUCCAAAACAUGGAUUCUCUAAUAGAGAAGGAAAGGGCUAUGUAUAACAUAUCUGGUGGAUGCACAGCACUUGGGGUCGUAUGCCUGUUAGGAAAACUAUAUGUAGCCAAUGCUGGGGACAGCAGGGCUAUAAUAAUUCGAAAUGGGGAAGUCAUUCAAAUGUCAACAGAAUUUACACCAGAAACAGAACGUCAGCGCCUGCAGUAUUUGGCUUAUAUGCAGCCACAUUUACUAGGAAAUGAAUUCACCCACUUAGAAUUUCCUAGAAGAGUACAGCGGAAAGAGAUAGGGAAAAAGAUGCUGUACAGAGACUUCAACAUGAAAGGCUGGAUGUACAAGACCAUAGAGGAAGAAGACCUGAAGUUCCCUUUGAUAUAUGGAGAAGGCAAGAAGGCCCGUGUGAUGGCAACUAUAGGUGUUACAAGAGGGCUUGGUGACCACGAUCUAAAAGUUCACGACUCCAACAUCUACAUCAAACCAUUUCUGUCAUGCACACCUCAGGUAGAAGUAUAUGACCUUUUACAGUAUGAACAUGGAGCCGAUGAUGUUCUGGUAUUAGCCACAGAUGGACUGUGGGAUGUUCUUUCAAAUGAAGAGGUGGGAGAAGCUGUUGCUAACUUUCUUGCAAAUUGUGACCCCGAUGAUCCACACAGGUACACUUUAGCAGCUCAGGAGCUGGUAAUGAGGGCCAGAGGAGUGCUGAAGGACAGAGGCUGGAGGAUAUCCAAUGACCGACUUGGCUCAGGAGAUGACAUAUCUGUGUUCAUCAUUCCAUUAAUGUAUGGAAACAAACUGUCAUGAAAACCUCAGGUGUACUGAGGAAAUGAUUAAAAGCUGGCCUGCUUGAAGAAAUGAUAGGCAAUGUAAGCAUGACAGUUCACUUUGGUGGUAGUCUGCUGAAACACAGAAUGAACUUUGAAUUUGCUAGCAGAAUGGCAGAGUUUGAGCAGGUAUUUUUGCAGUAUGUCUUAAAGGUACAGCAUUCCCAGUCCUAAAAAUGUUCUACUGACUAUAGUCAGAUGUUCUGUCUAACAGAAUAAAAAAGUAUGGUUUAAUACAUAAUACAUCUUUAUGAAAACUUUCUGUCUAAAAUAUUUAAAUUGUGUUUAAAAAUCCUUUGUAUAUAAAAAUGACACACAUAACUGGAAAAAAAACAUUGUAUUAUA